AUGGUUCAGUUCAGUAUUGAGUCUUUCUUUCAAAGACAUCACACGCUUGUGUCAGUCACAUCGUCAAAGCUGAUCUACUCGUUUGGAUGUGGGACACAAGGGCAGCUGGGAAACGGAGAAAUGAUCAAGCAGUCUGUGCCUUUCUCUGUGGAUCUGCCAACUGAAUGUAAUCAAGAAUAUACGAUUGAAAAAAUCAUCGCUGGGGAGAAUCAUUCCUUUGCCUUGUUUUUCAAAGAACUGGAAAGUAAGGUCAAAUCCAAUCCAAGCAGAGGUGCUUUGACAUUAAAUGACAGAAUGAUUGACCGAUGGCUGUCUGCAACUGAUUCAUGCUGGGCAACAAUAAAGCAGGAAAUAAACACAGUGUUCUCCUCCGCUGCCUCUCUGAAUGGAAGUUUUCUCGAAAUGAAUUGUGAUGAUCAUUAUCAGACGUCUGAAGAGCAUUGUGGUUUGGAUUUUGAUCUGGUUAAAACAUCCUUUGCAAAGUUAUCAAAGAAUAAAAGCUUGAUAUCAGAGGUAGAGAAGGUGGUUGAACAGAUGCUGCGAUCUCUGAAUCCAAAUCCAACUGGUGUGGAAUCGCUGAGAGUUUAUCUUCUCCUCCCUGAGCUCAUCAGACUCCUCAAGAAACAUCGAAGAACUGAACUCACUGAAGCUCUGGCCUCUAAAAUCCUUCAGCUGGAUCCUGAUGCUCACAAGGUGUUAGAGAAGUACUGGUCCAAACUUCCUGAUGAUUGGCUCAAAAGCCUGGUGAAGUUAUUUCGCAAAGCAUCUGCUGAGCUGAUUGGCCAGAUGUCUUUUGGUAAAAUGGGCUAUGACUUAACUAGACGCCUGAAGAAGUUUUUGAAUAUCCUUCAGAUGAUCUAUCAGGUCUGCUGCAGUGCCAACAGAGACAUCCCAAACAGGGAUUUCAUCAUUCAUGAGAUCAGUGAUCUACUAGAUACGCUGAAAGCUACCUUGGAGGACCUGUUAUGGCAGUUAUUGCGGUCAGCUUUUACUGAUGAUUUUCAGGAUAUGCUGAAAUUGAAAGAUUACUACCUUGGAACUAUUAACAUAUUGGUCAAGUUCCCUUUUGCGGCUGACACUGCAUCUAAACGGAGAAUGUUUCAUGUGAGUGCCAGACAUGAGGAUGUACUCAGUUAUACAUACUGUAUGUUAUACAUGAAUAUGCCAAACAACUAUGAUUUUAAGCAGAAACGCCUGAAGAAGUUUUUGAAUAUCCUUCAGAUGAUCUAUCAGGUCUGCUGCAGUGCCAACAGAGACAUCCCAAACAGGGAUUUCAUCAUUCAUGAGAUCAGUGAUCUACUAGAUACGCUGCAAGCCACCUUCGAGGACCUGUUAUGGCAGUUAUUGCAGUCUGCUAUUACUGAUGAUUUUCAGGAUAUGCAGAAAUUGAAAGAUUACUACCUUGGAACUAUUAACAUAUUGGUCAAGUUCCCUUUUGCGGCUGACACUGCAUCUAAACGGAGAAUGUUUCAUUACUUGCAGUGGCAACUCUUCAGACCCAGGGCCAAUGGCAACGUGUUGCACAUAAAGAGAGAAUCAGUGUGGUUGGACACACUUACGUAUCUCAAACAAAAAACCCACGCAUUUCGUAAUCUAUUUCGGGUGACAUUCAUCGGGGAGAAUGGAAUAGAUAUGAGGGGUUUAUCGGCAGAAUUCUUCUCCCUCCUUUCCCAGUCUCUUCUGAAAUGGGAGAAGAAGGUGCUGGAAGUCCAUGAGAGUUCACUGGUUUGGUUCAAUCCUGAUGGCAUGCAAGCUAAUAGAGAUUUUUACUAUCUUGGCGUUAUCUGUGGAAUGGCGCUCUACAACCGUCAUUAUAUAAACAUUGGCUUCCCUCUGGCCUUGUUCAAGAAACUCCUCCAGCAGAGUCCCACUCUGAAUGAUCUGGAGGAACUAUCUCCUGUGGAGGCCAGAAGUCUGAAAAGCCUUCUUGAGGAGGAAGAAGAUGAAGUAGUGGAUAUGCUCUUUUUGGAUUUCACGGUCAAAGGAAAAAAGCUCAUUCCAAACGGAGAUCAAAUUCAAGUGACCAAAGUUAAUAGACAGAAGUAUGUGGAUUUGUAUGUCAACUUCGUUUUCAACAAGUCAGUGAAGAAACAGUUCAAACAUUUUUCAAGAGGUUUCUUUAAGGGCUGUCCACUUGAUGCCUGGAGCAUGUUCCACCCUGAGGAACUCCAGGAGCUUCUCCACGGCUCCCCUGAAUACGAGUGGAAGGAGCUUCAGCAGUGUGCUUCCUAUGAAAAGUGUUCUGCCUCUGAUGAGCUCAUCAAGAACUUCUGGACUGUUUUCUUUGAGCUCUCUGAAGAGAACAAGAGGAAGUUUCUGAUUUUCUUGUAUGGGACGGACCGUGUACCUGUGGGAGGUUUCUCAAAGCGCUCUCUGAAGAUUUUACUGUCAGACUGUCCUGAUGUAGAAGACCGACUGCCAGAGGCCCAGACCUGUUUUGGCAGAUUAAUUCUUCCCAAAUACAGCGAUAUCAACACACUUCGCAACAAGCUUAUACACGCAAUCAGCUUUUGUGAGGUUUUUGGACGAGAGUAAACUUCCCUCGAGGUUCCAAACCCCAAAAUAUAGGCUAUACAGUCACAGAUUUGCCACACCGAUGUAACACAGAUCACUCUUGUUGGGAGCAAAACAUUUUGCUUAAUGUUGUCACAUUAUUUAUGUAGAUUUAUAUAGGUAUCAUAAAAAAAAUUAUAUUUGUAAAUAAACACAAUAGGAGAGCUAUAUUCUAUUUUUAGCACUAUUUAGUAAUUUGGCACAUUGUAAUUUUUAUCACAUUAUAAAAUAUAUUUUGGUAUGU